AUGGGUGACGGAGCAGUGCCAACCUCAGUGCCAAAAGUCAUCAAAGAGGAAGAAGGCAGUGAUGUUACUUUACCCUGUUUCCUCAUCACCAAUGAGGACAUUUGGUCUAGUGGGUUCAUCUGGUGUAAAACUGUUGAUGGUCAGAUGCAGAUCCUGAUUAAUAAUGGCAAUCUUGACGUCUACGGAUUUAGUUUUCCAUUAAUUCAGAAACAUCAAAUGUCCCACAUUAAGCUUGAUGUUGUUGGGCCAGAAGUCAUCAAAGUGGAAGAAGGCAGUGAUGUUACUUUACCCUGUUCCCUCUUGCCCGAGGAGGACAUUACGUCAAAAGAGUUUAUCUGGAAGAAAAUGUCUAAGAAUGAUGAAAGUGAGAUGGAGGUGUUCCUGUAUGAUAAUGGUGAUCUUUACAGUGACGAGCGUCCAGGUCAGAGUGAGCAGUUCAAAGGUCGAGUCUCACAUUCUCCAGAUAAACUGAAACAAGGCAACGCUUCCAUAACCAUCAGAAAUAUGACGAUGGCUGACAGUGGAGAAUACAUGUGUAUUAUUCAAUCAGUUCAGAAACCUAAAAUAUUCCACAUUAAGCUUGUUGUUGAACCAAAAGUCAUCACAGUGGAAGAAGGCAGUGAUGUUACUUUACCCUGUUCCCUCAGCACCAAGAACCUUUUGUCAACAUGGUUCGUCUGGAAGAAAACUGAUGAUGGUCGGAUGGUGUGCCUGUAUAAUAAAGGUGAUCUUUACAGUGGCAAGGGUGCAGGUCAGAGUGAGCAGUUCAAAGGUCGAGUCUCACAUUUUGAAGAUGAACUGAAACAAGGCAACGCCUCCAUAAUCAUCAGAAAUACGACGAGGGCUGACAGUGGAGUCUACAUCUGUAUUAUUCAAUCAAUUCAGAAACCUGAAGCAUUCUACAUUAAGCUUGUUGUUGAUCAACUGGAACAAGGCAACGCCUCCAUAACCAUCAGAAAUACAACGAGGACUGACAGUGGAGAAUAGAGAUGUAGUUUUCCAUUAAUUCAGAAACCUCAAAUGUCCAACAUUAACCUUGAUGUUGGUCCUGCAAAUAUAAAAGACAAUCCUGUCAUGGUUCAGAUGCAUCCUAAAGAGGAGUCAUCAUGUGGU